AUGGCGACAAACUUUGACAUGAACGAUAUGACCGUUGAACAACUUAUGGCGCUUGGUGAGAUACUUGAUGACAGCGAUUAUGAGGAAAGUUUUGAGGAUGAAGUGGAGAGAAUAUCUGAGGACAAGUUCUAUCGAGUUGCACCUAAGGACAAGGGCAAAGAUCCCUUUGAAGGAGAAAGACAGUUCAUAGAUGAAGGUGACCGUUCUACAGACCCAAAAAGACCAAGGAGGCGCCCACUAAAUGAGAAGGGUGAGAGAGGUAUAAUGCCAACAUGGAAAUAUUCCGAGAGACAGAAGGCAAAGGCUUUACUAGUCGAGGAGGCAUACCAGAGCUUACUUAGUAGAGGAGUUGAAGGUCUACCACCAACAAUGGGAGGUAGAUGGAGAACGGAUGAUCCUCAGGUAAAUGCGGAGAUGAAGAGGUUAGAGAACCUUAGGAACCCCAAGCGUCCUAGAGGCAGGCCACCAAAGGCUAAGGCUGACGGUGCUGUUAAGGCUCCUAGAGGUAGACCACCAAAGGCUAAGGUAGCCGGAAAACCAGAGGCUAAGGUCCCCAAACCACCAAAGGCUAAGGUAAGUAAAACACCAGAAGCUAAGGUCCCCAAAAGAAGAGGUAGACCACCAAAGGCUAAGGUAGCUGAAAUACUGAAACCUAAGGUUAGAAGGCAAACAGUCGCGGAGAAGUUCAUAAGUCAAAACCGAAUAAAACUCUCAAUUCCCGCGGAUAGCGUAAUAACUCAGGUGGGACCAAGUAAGUUCACGGUGACUGUGGACCUCAGCAGAAAACCAACGAGGAAAGCUCCUGAGGUACCGAAGGGUGUGGCUCCGUGGAAACCAGUUCCUAAGCCUAGAACUGUGAUCCCUAAGGAAAGACCUGUUCCUAAACCUAGAACUAUUCCUAGGGAAAGACCAAUUCCCAAGCCUAGGACUAAAAAGCCAGUGCCUCCUCCAAAGUUAAGGAAGCCUGUGAAGGUAACCAAGGAAGUUGGGGAACAGCCGGUAGUGGUCGCACCAAAGGAACAUGAAAUCGAUCCUUUUGGAACAUACCUUGAGAAGCCAUCCUAUAGGAAAAUAGAAACUGCCGCAAAUGGUGCCGCUGUGACUUAUUCCAUAACUCCAAAUUAUAUGGAUCCCCUAGACCAGAUGACCGCGAGUAGGCAGGUGGUGAGGGGAAUAUUAGUGAAGGAGUUGAAGAGAAUGGGAGGGUUGAAAUAUACGGAAACCAUCAAGGUAAGAAUGUCGAAGGAAAUUGGAAAUGACAAAACAAAGAAGGAUUCAAUAUACUUCAAGUCGAAAACUGGAACCGCGACCAACUUCGAGGGUAUCGAAAGCACUGCAGCCCAAAACCAACUGACUAUCUUAUCCAGAAUUGAAACCUUCCAGAACUUAGGUUCAAAUUGGAUUAUACUAAACAUUGAAAGUCAUUACGUUAAUAUUGCAAUGUACAAACCUCUAAAGGGUAGUUCAUAUAUGAAGUUACCCGCAGACAUUAGCAAUCCAAAAUGUGGCCUCAUAAAUAUGCAAAACAAUGACAAUAAAUGUUUUAUGUGGAGUCAUCUGAGACAUGUGAGACCAAGGGCUAGAAGAGCAACCACCAUAACACGGCAGGACAGAGAGUUCGCGAAAAACCUAGACUAUGAGGGAAUAGACUUCCCCGUGAAAAUAAGCGACAUUGAUAAAAUUGAGAAGAAGAACUCCAUAAGCAUAUCAGUGUUUGGUUAUAAGGGUAAGAAGCAGUUCUAUCCAAUUAGAAACUCCAAAACAAAAUAUGACGAGCAUAUGGAGCUGCUGCUGUUGGGUCACAACGAGGGUGGUAACCACUACGUUCUAAUAAAGGAUGUAAACAGAAUGCUCUUCAGUGUUAGCGGAAACUCAAACAAGAAACACUUCUGCCUAUACUGCCUUCACAGUUGCGUUAGUGAGGAGUCACUGGAAAAACAUCGUGAAACAUGUAUUGAGGUAAAUGGAACUCAAGCCACAAAGCUUCCGAGUGAGGGUACAAAAAUAAAGUUCAAAAACCAUAGGAACUCAAUGCCCGCACCAUUUGUAAUAUACGCCGAUUUUGAGUCCAUACUAGUUCCAGAAGAGAGAAAACUUGAUUCUGAAGACCCUGAGGACAAGAGUACUACAGAACUAUACCAGACCCACAAGGCCUGUAGUUUUGGGCUUAAAACAGUGUGCCACUACGAUGACCAGUACUCCGGUGAAUAUAUAAGCCACGUUGGUGAAGACGCCACAGUGGUCUUUUUGAAGACCGUACUGAAGGAGUCCAUUAAGUGCCGAGAGAUGGUAAAUAAAAUAUUCAAGAAAAAGAUGGAAAUCACACCAGAGCAAGAAGCUGAGUUCUGGAUGACAAGGAACUGCUCCAUAUGUGGCAACGACUUAGGUGAUGACAGAGUGAGAGACCACGACCACGUAACUGGACUGUACCGUGGAGCUGCCCAUAAUAUGUGCAACCUAAAAUAUAGAAUCACAUGGAAAGUUCCAGUGGUCUUCCACAACCUAAGAGGUUAUGAUAGCCAUCUAAUAAUGCAGGAAAUCGGUAAGUUUAAGAUGAACAUCAACGUGGUUCCAAAUAACAUGGAAAAAUACAUUUCCUUCUCAUUAGGUAAAAGUCUUGUGUUCAUUGACUCAAUACAAUUCAUGGCUUCUUCCCUGGAGGCACUUGUGAGUAACCUUUCACCUGAAGACUUCAAGAUAGUCGGUCAGCGGUGGCAAGGUGAGGACUUCGAUCUUGUGAGACAAAAAGGUAUAUUCCCUUACGAAUACCUGGAUGACAUAGGUAAACUUGACACUGAGGGACUUCCAAGUAAAGACAAAUUCUACUCAUCUCUAUAUGAGUCCGAAGUGAAAGAAGAAGAUUACCAGAGAGCUCUAAAAGUUUGGGAUCACUUUAAGAUGAAAACAAUGAGAGACUACCACGAUCUUUACCUGGAAACCGACGUUCUUCUUCUAGCAGAUGUUUUUGAGAAUUUCAGGAGGACCUGCUUGGAAAACUACAAGCUUGACCCUGCUCACUACAUAUCAGCACCAAGUCUAAGUUGGGACGCAUUCCUAAAACAGUCAGGAGAGGAAAUAGAAUUGGUAAGCGAUAUGGACAUGUUCCAGUUCUUUGAGAAGGGAAUGAGAGGUGGGAAAAGUCAUAUUGCCCAUAGACACGCUACGGCAAAUAAUAAGUACAUGGAAACGUACGACGAGACAUCUGAAAACAAGUUCCUUAUGUACCUCGAUGCCAACAAUUUAUAUGGCUGGGCAAUGUCCCAACCUCUACCUAACGGCGAAUUUGAGUGGGUUGAGGAAGUUGACAAGAUAAACCUAGAUGAUUACCUUGAAGAAGGCAAAAGAAAUAUGGUCCUUGAGGUCGACAUGGAAUACCCAAAAGAACUUCACGAUUUACAUAACGGUUAUCCUCUAGCCCCGGAGAGUAAGGAAAUCGAUGCGUCAAUGUUGUCCGAUUACGCAAGGGGUAUUGCUGAGAAAUUCCAGCUUACAAUUGGAGGUGUAAGAAAACUGGUGAACUCCUUAGGUCCCAGGAAGAAUUACGUCCUACAUGCCCGUAA